GCGGCCUAGAGUGGUGGCGGCGGCGGCCCGGGAGCUCGCGCCAGAGCCCGAGCCAGCUCUCUGAGGAGGCAGGCGAGGACCCGGGGCCCUCGGGCGCGCGGAGGAGAUGGCUGGCACCCGGGAACGCUAUGGGUGAAAGCCCAGCCUCUGCGGUUCUUAAUGCCUCAGCAGGAUUAUUUUCACUAAAGAUGGAAACACUGGAGUCUGAAUUGACCUGUCCAAUCUGCCUAGAGUUGUUUGAAGACCCCCUACUGCUCCCUUGUGCUCACAGCCUCUGCUUUAGCUGUGCCCAUCGCAUCUUGGUUUCGAGCUGCAGCUCUGGUGAAUCCAUUGAACCCAUUACUGCUUUCCAGUGUCCCACGUGCAGGUAUGUUAUCUCGCUGAACCACCGGGGUCUAGAUGGCCUCAAGAGGAAUGUAACCCUGCAGAACAUUAUCGAUCGCUUCCAGAAGGCUUCACUCAGUGGGCCCAAUUCCCCAAGUGAGAGCCGCCGGGAGAGGACUUACAGGCCCAGCACCGCCAUGUCUAGUGAGCGAAUUGCUUGCCAAUUCUGUGAGCAGGACCCACCAAGGGAUGCAGUGAAAACAUGCAUCACCUGUGAGGUCUCAUACUGUGACCGUUGCCUGCGGGCCACACACCCCAACAAGAAACCUUUCACCAGCCAUCGCCUGGUGGAACCAGUGCCAGACACACAUCUUCGAGGGAUCACCUGCCUGGACCAUGAGAAUGAGAAAGUGAACAUGUACUGUGUAUCUGAUGACCAGUUGAUCUGUGCCUUAUGCAAACUGGUGGGUCGUCACCGAGACCAUCAGGUCGCGUCCCUGAAUGAUCGAUUUGAGAAACUCAAGCAAACUCUGGAGAUGAACCUCACCAACUUGGUUAAGCGCAACAGCGAACUAGAAAAUCAAAUGGCCAAACUAAUACAGAUCUGCCAGCAGGUUGAGGUGAAUACUGCUAUGCAUGAGGCAAAACUUAUGGAAGAAUGUGACGAGUUGGUAGAGAUCAUCCAGCAGAGGAAGCAAAUGAUUGCUGUCAAAAUCAAAGAAACAAAGGUUAUGAAACUGAGAAAGUUGGCACAGCAGGUUGCUAAUUGCCGCCAGUGUCUUGAACGGUCAACAGUCCUCAUCAACCAAGCUGAGCAUAUUCUUAAAGAAAAUGACCAGGCACGGUUUCUACAGUCUGCAAAAAAUAUUGCUGAGAGGGUCGCUAUGGCAACUGCUUCUUCUCAAGUUCUGAUUCCAGACAUCAAUUUUAAUGAUGCCUUUGAAAACUUUGCUUUAGAUUUUUCCAGAGAAAAGAAACUGCUGGAGGGGCUAGAUUAUUUAACAGCCCCAAACCCACCAUCUAUCCGAGAGGAACUCUGUACUGCCUCCCAUGACACCAUUACAGUCCACUGGAUCUCGGAUGAUGAGUUCAGCAUCAGCUCCUAUGAGCUUCAGUACACCAUAUUCACUGGCCAGGCUAACUUCAUCAGUAAGUCAUGGUGUAGUUGGGGCCUGUGGCCAGAGAUAAGGAAAUGUAAGGAAGCAGUAAGCUGCUCAAGAUUGGCCGGGGCGCCACGAGGCCUUUAUAAUUCAGUGGAUAGCUGGAUGAUUGUGCCCAACAUUAAACAGAACCAUUACACAGUGCACGGACUCCAGAGUGGGACACGCUACAUCUUCAUUGUUAAAGCCAUAAACCAAGCAGGCAGCCGGAACAGUGAGCCUACCCGACUAAAAACAAACAGCCAACCCUUUAAACUGGAUCCCAAAAUGACUCACAAGAAGUUGAAGAUCUCCAAUGAUGGACUGCAGAUGGAGAAGGAUGAAAGCUCUUUGAAGAAGAGCCAUACCCCAGAGAGGUUUAGUGGCACAGGAUGCUAUGGGGCAGCAGGAAAUAUAUUCAUUGACAGUGGCUGCCACUAUUGGGAGGUGGUCAUGGGUUCCUCAACGUGGUAUGCAAUUGGUAUUGCCUACAAAUCAGCUCCAAAGAAUGAAUGGGUUGGCAAGAAUGCCUCCUCAUGGGUCUUCUCUCGAUGCAAUAGUAACUUCGUGGUGAGACAUAACAAUAAGGAAAUGCUGGUGGAUGUGCCCCCGCAGUUGAAGCGCCUGGGUGUCCUCCUGGAUUAUGACAACAACAUGCUGUCUUUCUAUGACCCAGCUAACUCUCUCCAUCUUCAUACUUUCGAUGUGACCUUCAUUCUUCCAGUUUGUCCAACAUUCACAAUCUGGAACAAAUCCCUAAUGAUCCUGUCUGGCUUGCCUGCCCCAGAUUUUAUCGAUUACCCUGAGCGGCAGGAAUGCAACUGUAGGCCUCAAGAAUCUCCCUAUGUUUCUGGGAUGAAAGCUUGCCAUUAAGUUUCCAGAGAGCAAAUAACUCGCUGGCUCUCCAGUUCAGCAGUUCUUCCUCUCCUAAACCUCAGUUAGUGUUCAAUAUAUGAGAUAAAAAAUAAAGUUCAUUUAAAUUAUCCAAAAUAA